AUGCUGCAAAGAAAACUCUUCCAGCUUCGAUGCCGAGGAAAACGUUCGCUUUUGCAUUUGCGAAGACGAGAUUCACGUAAAAUUCUAGUGUACAAGCGCUACGUUGAAAAACGUGCUUGUUGUGGAUGGUUAACUAUAAUGACUAGUCAGAAUAAUGGUGACUAUGAAUCCGCAACACAGAGCGUCGUUACCGAUUGCUCUGCUAAAGAGGGCAACGAAAAUCCAAAUCGUGAAGAAGAUGUAACAAACCUCGAACCUUUUGUCCAGUUCCAAUGCGCAAUCUGCCGCAUGAACGAAAAAUGUUUUUUUGGUGAUCUGAAGAAAUCUGAUGGCUUUUAUCCUUCCACUGUGUUUUACAUGAGGGAUCCUUUCGUUCCACCUCAACGGGUGAAAGGACGAAAACCGUUGCUGUCCGAUUUCCUUGUGCUUGGUUCUUUGUGUUCCCUUUGCAAUCAAUCUGUUUGCCUUGAUAAGACGUGUAGUAUAUACUUUGGAGCCCUGUUCUGUACAACAUGUAUUACCCGCGAGCGCAGAAGAUUUCCAGAAAUGUUACUUCAAAUGGUUGCUAAAGCGCAGUCCUCUUCGACAAAGUCACCUAAAUGA